AUGCGCGCCGUGAGCCCCGCGCGCGCGCGCGCGCGUUGGGCCCCGCGCGCGGCGGGGACGACGCGACGGUCCGUCGCGUCCGCGUCCUCGCGCGCGGUGGCGGUGCGCGCGCGGACGGCGGUGAAGACGGACGAUGAUGCCGAUGACGUUGCCGAUGAUUUCGAGUGGUACAGAAAACCGUCGCGGGUGGCGAUCGCCGGCGCGUGGGCGACGCUCGGCGCGGUCGCGGCCUUCGCGGCGCCCUCGGGAACGUCGGGGUUCGACGCGGAGCUGGUGAAGACGAUCGUGACGUCGCCGUUCGGUGGGGUGGCGAAUCCGGUGUUCGAGGCGCUGUUCAACGCGUUAGGCGUGGUCCCGGCCACGUACGCGUGUUUGUUACUCCCGGGGGCGAAAGGGCAGAAACUCCCGGCGGCGCUGUGCGUGGGGGCGUCGUUUGCGUUGGGAUUCUUCGCGGUGGGGCCGUAUUUGGCGACGCGCGCGCCGAGAACGACGCCGGCUCCGCGGCGGAGCGAGCUGGGAUGGGUGACGCGAAACGUGUGGGAAAGCAAGCUCAACGCGGUCGCCUUGCUCGGAUUCGCGUCGUUUUUGGCGUACUACGGCGUCUCGAACCUCUCUCCGGAGAAUGUUUCCGGUUUCAUCGCGUUGAUUCGCGAGCAGAGCAUGCUCGCGUGCGUCUCGACGUGCGACUUGGUGGUUUUGAGCGCGUGCAUGGUGGACGCCAUAGGCGAGGACAUGAAGCGGCGAAACGUCGAUCCUUCCGGAGCGUUAGCCUACGCCGCGGUCCCGGUCGUCGGCCCGGCGUUAUGGCUCGUGUUGAGACCGUCGUUAGAGGAGUAA